UAGCGUCCCAUGGCGUCACAUUGACGUCUCGCAUUCCAGGCACUCUAUGGAGAGGCCGCUAGGGCUCCUGUGGCAUAAAUGACGUGCCGAGAGGACGAGCGAACGCGCAGCCGGGAGAGCGGAGUCUCCUGGCUCCCGCCCCCCACCCCUCCAGCUCCUGCUCCUCCUCCGCUCCCCACACACAGACAAGCUCACACCCGCUCCCUCACUCGCACACACAGACACGCGCGCACACACGCUCCGCACACACACUCCACUCUCUCCCGCGCGCUCACACCCCUCUCGCCCUGCACCCUCGCGGGUGCAGCGCGGCGCGGCAGCCGGACGCCCCUUCCCGGGCUCACUUUGCAACGCUGACAGCGGUGGCCGUGGAGGUGGGAACGGCGGCGGCAUCCUCUCCCCUGGUCGCGGCCGGAGCCAGGGCGCCAGCGGAACCCCUCGGCGGCGCUCUCCCAUGAGUCGGGAUCGCAGCAUCCCCUGCCAGCCGCUCACCGCCUCUGGGAGCCGCUGGACUUGGAGACCGCAGCCCUUCCGGGACAGCAGCUGUGACUCCCCCCCAGCGCAGAUUUUGGGGCAGCUCUCUAGAAACUCGCUCUAAAGACGGAACCGCCACAGCACUCAAAGCCCACUGCGGAAGAACGCAGCCCGGCAAGCCCCGGCCCUGAGACUGGACCCUCAGCAGAGCUGGGCAGCACCGCCGCCGCUUCGCCUAGUCGUGCGUCUCCGCCUCCUUCACUCUCAGCCUCCGCUGGAGAGACCCACAGCCCCACCAUUCAGCGCGCAAGAUAUCCUCCAGAUAUGCCCUGCGUGCAAGCCCAGUAUAGCCCUCCGCCUCCAGGUUCCAGUUAUGCAGCGCAGACCUACAGCUCAGAGUACACAGCGGAGAUCAUGAAUCCCGACUGCGCCAAGCUGACCAUGGACCUCGGGAGCACCGAGAUCACGGCCAGGGCCACCACAUCCCUGCCCAGUUUCAGUACCUUCGUGGAGGGCUACUCCAACUACGAAUUCAAGCCCUCCUGCCAGUACCAAAUGCAGCCGCCUGGGCCGCGACCCUUGAUCAAGGUGGAGGAGGGCCACCCGCACAGCUAUCACCAUCACCAUCACCCCCACCAUCACCACCACCAUCACCAGCAACAGCCGCAGCCAGAGCCAUCCAUCCCGCCCUCCUCCGGACCGGAGGACGAGGUGCUGCCCAGCACUUCCAUGUACUUCAAGCAGUCCCCGCCGUCCACGCCCACCACGCCGGGCUUCCCCCCGCAGGCGGGGGCGCUGUGGGACGACGCGCUGCCCUCGGCGCAGGGCUGCAUCGCGCCCGGCCCGCUGCUCGACCCGCCGAUGAAGGCGUUGUCCGGCGCGCGCUUCCCGCUCUUCCACUUCAAGCCCUCGCCGCCGCACCCGCCCGCGCCCAGCCCCGCUGGCGGCCACCAUCUCAGCUACGACCCGACGGCCGCCGCCGCGCUCAGCCUGUCGCUGGGAGCCGCCGCCGCCGCGGGCAGCCAGGCCCCCGCCCUCGAGGGCCACCCCUACGGGCUGCCGCUGCCCAAGAGGGCAGCCGCGCUGGCCUUCCCGCCGCUCAACCUCACGGCCUCCCCCACCGCGUCCAGCCUGCUCGGGGAGAGCCCCAGCCUGCCGUCGCCGCCCAUCCGGAGCUCCUCCUCGGGCGAGGGCACCUGCGCCGUGUGCGGGGACAACGCUGCCUGCCAGCACUACGGCGUUCGCACCUGCGAGGGCUGCAAGGGCUUCUUCAAGAGAACGGUGCAGAAAAAUGCAAAAUAUGUUUGCCUGGCAAAUAAAAACUGCCCUGUAGACAAGAGACGUCGAAACCGAUGUCAGUACUGUCGUUUCCAGAAGUGUCUCAGUGUUGGGAUGGUUAAAGAAGUUGUCCGUACAGAUAGUCUGAAGGGGAGGAGAGGUCGGCUGCCUUCAAAACCAAAGAGCCCAUUACAGCAGGAACCUUCCCAGCCCUCUCCACCUUCUCCUCCGAGCUGUAUGAUGAAUGCCCUUGUCCGAGCUUUAACAGACUCAACGCCCAGAGAACUUGAUUAUUCCAGAUACUGUCCCUCUGACCAGGCCGCUGCAGGCACAGAUGCUGAGCAUGUACAACAGUUCUACAACCUUCUGACAGCCUCCAUUGACGUAUCCAGAAGCUGGGCAGAAAAGAUCCCUGGAUUUACUGAUCUCCCCAAAGAAGAUCAGACAUUACUUAUAGAAUCAGCCUUUUUGGAGCUGUUUGUUCUCAGACUUUCCAUCAGGUCAAACACUGCUGAAGAUAAGUUUGUGUUCUGCAAUGGACUUGUCCUGCACCGACUUCAGUGCCUUCGUGGAUUUGGGGAGUGGCUCGACUCCAUUAAAGACUUUUCCUUAAGUUUGCAGAGCCUGAACCUUGAUAUCCAAGCCUUAGCAUGCCUGUCAGCACUGAGCAUGAUCACAGAACGACAUGGGUUAAAAGAACCAAAGAGAGUGGAGGAGCUAUGCAACAAGAUCACGAGCAGCUUAAAAGACCACCAGAGUAAGGGACAGGCCUUGGAGCCCACGGAGCCCAAGGUCCUGGGCGCCCUGGUAGAACUGCGGAAGAUCUGCACCCUGGGUCUCCAGCGCAUCUUCUACCUGAAGCUGGAAGACUUGGUGUCUCCACCUUCCAUCAUCGACAAGCUCUUCCUGGACACCCUGCCUUUCUGAGAGGAGCAGCCUGAGCAGGGAGCCGCCUCAUCUGCUAGCGCCUGCUUGCUACGCAGCAGAGGGAGGGGUCUGGACACCUACCAUUCCUGUCCUUCCUUAAGAGAAAAAGCAGCUCCUGACAAAAUGAAAGACUUUUUUUUUUUUCUGGCACUUUUCCUUACAACCUAAAGCCAGAAAACUUGCAGAGUAUUGUGUUGGGGUUGUGUUUUAUAUUUAGGCUUGGGUUUGGGGUGGGGAGGGGGGUUAUAGUUCAUGAGGGUUUUCUAAGAAACUGCUAACAAAGCACUUUUGGAUGAUGCUAUCCCAGCAGGGGAAAACAAAAAAGGAUAAUAUAACUGUUUGAAAACUGUUUCUGGGGAAUACAAUUACAGUUGCUUUGUAUUUAAAAACAAGAACAGCCAAGGGUUGUUCGCCAGGGUAGGACCUGUCUUGAGAUGAUCGCUUUUAGAAUAUACUUCCUGUAUCAAGGGUACGUAUGUGGUGCAAACAAGGCAGAAAUUCCCUCGUCUUAAUUUCUUUCUUCCUUUAUUUUAACAAAUGGUGAAAGAUGGACGAUAACCUAUAAAUCAGACAUAGCAAAAUGAUAAUGGCUGUUCGCUUCCAUAUACAAGUGCAAUUUUUAAAGUGCUGUCUUACUAAGUCUUGUCUAUCAACUCUCCUUUAUUUUAUACAGAAAUAAAAAGGAGGCAAGUUAGCAAAGGACAAGUGCUAAUUUCCUAGCAGAGGUUUUUGUCCACCUGCCCUAUAGACCCCUUCUGAGGUAUGGUCCAUCCAAGAUUUCGGGCCAUUCUUACGGAUCCAGAUCCCUGCCCUGAUUGUCCAGCUGUCCCAAAGGGGGCUCAGAUUAUAAGAUGGAUUACAUACAACUGUUUUGGUUGUGUUCUAUCAACCCAUCCAGAGUUUCCUAAACUUCCUUCAGUUAUAGCAAUUGACUGACACAGUCAUGCAGAAGCCCAGCCGCGUUCAGUGAGUCUCAAGUGUUUGGUUCCUAGGUAAGAACAUGCAAAAAAUAGGAACUGGAUCAUACAGGGUAAACACCAGGGGUAAUAAGGUUUUUAAUAUAUACAAUUUAAUUUUUGUUAUCAGUUACAGAGACAAUUAUGGAGAGUAAGCAAGUCUUAUUUUUUAAAAAGUAGUAUGAAUGUGAGUCCUAGGAAGGAUUAAUGGGCUGCGUUUCAACAUUCCGUGUUCGUACUCCCUUUUGUAUGUUUAUACUGUUAAUGCCAUAUUACUAUGAGAUAAUUUGUUGCAUAGUGUUCUUAUUUGUAUAAACAUUUGUAUGCACGUUAUAUUGUAAUAGCUUUGCCUGUAUUUAUUGCAAGACCACCAGCUCCUGGAAGCUGAGUUACAGAGUACUUAAAUGGGGUGUUCACAGUGACUUGGAUACGCCAACUAGAAAUUAAAUAAGCAAAUAUAUAUAAAUAUAGCAGGUUACAUAUAUAUAUUUAUAAUGUGUCUUUUUAUUAACCAUUUGUACAAUAAAUGUUACUUCCCAUGCGGUUAUUUUAUGGUUCAUUUGCAGUGACUUUUAAGGCAGUACUGUUUAGCACUUUGAUAUUAAAAUUUUGCUUAUGUUUUGCUAAAUUCAAAUAUAAUGUUUGAAGAUUUCUAGGUCUAAAAGUCUUUAUAUUAUAUAUUCUGUAUCAAGUCAAAAUAUGUUUGGCCAUUUUGCUAAGAAACAAACUUUGAAUGUCAAACUGAUGUCACAGUAGUUUUUGUUAGCUCUGAGUCAUUUUUGCUUUUUAAAGGAAAAGUAACAAAACUAUGCUGUUUAUAUUGUCAUUAAAUUAUACAAUCAAACAAAUGCCAAAUGAAUUGCCUAACUGCUGCAAAGAGGAACCCAGAUAGCGAACCAUAUAUGUUUUUCUUCCAAGAGUCAUUCUGAUAGUUGAUCAUAUAUUAUGUUUGUGUGAGCUUUUAUGAAAGAUUAUUAUUUUUAUAUCAAGAUGAUAGCAUCUGGAAUGUUAGGAUCUUGGAAUGUUAAAACUUGGAAGGGGCCUGACUUGCCAGCUAGUCCACCCCAACCCCAAAAUUCACAGAGGAGAAAAUGGACCCAGCAAAGGGUAAAGAGUUACCCAGGUCAAAGAGCUAGUACCAGAAUCAAGUCUAGGACCUAAGUCUCUUUUCCAUAGUCUUUUUACUCAACUUACUGCAUCUAUAGGAAAACAGGCUUUUUAAACUAACCAGAAAUACUUACAUUUUACCUAAUAAUAACCACGAGUAAAGUAGUACUUUUGCAUUAAUUUUUUUCAGCUUAUAUGCGAACAUAAUAAACAUUAUUCGAUAUCAGGAAAGCUAACAUUUCAUAUAAGGUAGCUUCAGACCAAAUUCAAGUUGAAUUUGAAUGAGUUAGAAGUACUGUGCAUACAUAAUCCUUUCGUGCACCAUUAGUAUUGGAAAGUCAGUCCUUGUUUUUUUGUCAUGUCUGAAAAAGAAAA